GCUUCCAGAAGUUUCUCUGGAGUGAAUGUAAAUGCAGAGGGACAGCGACUCACUUUUUCUUACAAACAUUGGGACAAAGAUCAAUAAGACCCAAUGGCUGAAGCAAUCCCCCUGCGAGAAAAGAAACAGCGCUCCCUACCUCGAACUGAAGGCAACUUUGAAGCUCUGGAUUUGUCAGGAGGACUCCGAAUAGUCCUUGUGGGUAAGACUGGAUCAGGGAAGAGUGCCUCAGGAAACACUAUUCUUGGGAGAGCUGUUUUCAGGGAGGACCCCAGCCCUGUGUCUGUGACCAAACACUGUGAGACUGACAGUGGGGAGGUGGACGGGGUUGCAGUGCAGGUGAUCGACACGCCAGGCCUAUUUGACACUGCCAUCACAGAAGAGGAGCUGAAAACACGGAUAGAAGAAUGUGUCAAAAUGUCUGUCCCAGGCCCGCACGCUUUCUUACUGGUGAUCAGGCUUGGAGUGCGCUUCACUGAAGAGGAACGAAAUGCUGUCAAAUGGAUACAGGAGAACUUUGGAGAUGAUGCCUCUAUGUACACAAUUAUGCUGUUUACAUGCAAAGAUCAGGCCAAGGCCGACAAUGCACUGAAGGAGUGCAAGGAGCUGCGCAGACUCUCAAUUACUUUUGGACGGAGGUAUCAUGCUUUCAACAACAACGACGCAGACGACCGAGUGCAGGUCACAGAGCUCAUCAAUAUGAUCAAGGAAAUGGUACAUGACAAUGGAGGUAAGCACUACACCAAUGAGAUGUACGAGAGGGCCCAGAGGAAGCUCCGAGAGGAGGAGGAGCGCAGGAGGCAAGAGGAAGAGGAGAAGAAAGAGGAGGAGAGAAAGAUAUGGGACGCAGAAAGAGAGCAGCAGGAGAAAGACCGCCAGAAAGAGAAAAAAGUCAAACGGAAGAAUAUCCGCGUGGCUGCUGCUGCUGCAUUGGUACUGGUGCUGGCUGGGGUAGUGAUAGCCGUGGGGGCCAACACUCAGGUGGCCCUGGCUCUGGGGGCCCCUGCACUGGUCCUAGGUGUGCUAUGUGGGCUAGGGGCCAUUGGCAUCUGGAAAGGAGUAACAUGUAAACCUAAAGCCAAUUUUGUAGUAUAACAGAAGUAUAUACUGGUAUUGUAUGUCUUUAUUUCAUUAUGUGUGUAAACAGUAUUUCAGUGCAUUCUGUGUUGCACA